UGACGGCGUCCCCGAGUAUCACGCAUGCGCGCAGCACAUGAGGCCUUGAAAAUGUCGGUUGCAGGUUAAAAACGAGAAGGAAUUUGUCGCCGGGGAUCUCAAACAGAAAACGCCAGUUUUGCUGUCUCUGUCUGGAUAUUUAAGAAGUGGAGCGAGGGAUUCAAUCGACUAUCCUUCCUGCUCAGACUGUGGAGAGGGAUUCAAUUGAUCAUUUGACCAAAUAGCAAGCCAGUCAUCUUACACAGGAGAAAGGCUGUUCACCUGCUCAGACAGUGGGAAUAGAUUCACUCAGUUAUCACAAUUGAAGGUACAUCAGCAAGUUCACACUGGGCAAGGCCAUUCAUCUGUUCUGUGUGUGAGAAAGGAUUCAGUUGGACCUGUGGACACACCAGUCAGUUCACACCACACCUGGUAGAGGCUGGUGAUCUGCUGAAUUUCUGGGAAAGGAUUCACUCAGUCAUUUGACCUUAUGGCUCACCAGCGAGUUCACACUAGGGAGAAGCCAUUCACCUGUUCAGUCUGUGGGAAGGGAUUCACUCAGUCAUCCAACCUACGGAGUCCCCAGCGAGUUCACACUGGGGAGAGGCCGUUCACCUGUUCAGAAUGUGAGAAGAGAUUCACUCAGUCAUCCAACCUACGGAGUCCCCAGCGAGUUCACACUGGAGAGAGGCGCUUCACCUGCUCAGUCUGUGGGAAGAGAUUCACUCGGUCAUCCAACCUACUGGUACAUCAGCGAGUUCACACUGGGGAGAAGCCAUUCACCUGCUCAGAAUGUGGGAAAGGAUUCAGUGAGUUAUCCAACCUACUGGUACAUCAGCGAGUUCACUCUGGGGAGAAGCCAUUCACCUGCUCAGUCUGUGCGAAGGGAUUCACUCAGUCAUCCAACCUACAGAGUCAUCAGCGAGUUCACACUGGGGAGAAGCCAUUCACCUGCUCAGAAUGUGGGAAAGGAUUCAGUGAGUUAUCCAACCUACUGGUACAUCAGCGAGUUCACUCUGGGGAGAAGCCAUUCACCUGCUCAGUCUGUGCGAAGGGAUUCACUCGGUCAUCCAGCCUACAGAGUCAUCAGCGAGUUCACACUGGGGAGAAGCCAUUCACCUGCUCAGAAUGUGGGAAAGGAUUCAGUGCUUUAUCCAGCCAACUGAGACAUCAGCGAGUUCACACUGGGGAGAAGCCAUUCACCUGCUCAGAAUGUGGGAAAGGAUUCAGUGAGUUAUCCAGCCUACUGAGACAUCAGCGAGUUCACACUGGGGAGAAGCCGUUCACCUGCUCAGAAUGUGGGAAAGGAUUCAGUGAGUUAUCCAGCCUACUGAGACAUCAGCGAGUUCACACUGGGCAGAAACCGUUCACCUGUUCAGAAUGCGGGAAGAGAUUCACUCAGUCAUCCCAACUACAGAGUCAUCUGCCAGUUCACACUGGGGAGAGGCCAUUCACCUGCUCAGACUGUGGAAAAGGAUUCACUCUGAUAUCCCGCCUACAGAGACAUCAGCGAGUUCACACGGGGGAGAAGCCAUUCAACUGCUCAGUCUGUGGGAAGGGAUUCACCCAGUCAUCCCACCUACGGAGUCACCAGCGUGUUCACACUGGGGAGAAGCCAUUCACCUGCUCAGUCUGUGGGAAGAGAUUCACUGUGUCAUCCCACCUACAGAGUCAUCAGCGAAUUCACACUGGGGUGAAGCCGUUCACCUGCUCAGAAUGUGGGAAGGGAUUCACUCAGUCAUCCAACCUACGGAGUCAUCAGCGAGUUCACACUGGAGAGAGGCCAUUCAUCUGCUCAGAAUGUGGGAAGAGAUUCACUCAGUCAUCCGCCCUACAAAGACACCAGCGAGCUCACACUGGGGAGAAGCCGUUCACCUGCUCAGAAUGUGGGAAGGGAUUCACUCAGUCAUCCUACCUACUGAGACAUGAGAGUGUUCACACCGGUGAAAAGCCGUUCAAUUGCACAGAAUGUGGGAAACGGUUCACUCUGUCAUCCCACCUUCUGGAACACCAGCGAGUUCACACUGGGGAGAUGCCGUUCCCCUGCUCAGAAUGUGGGAAGAGAUUCACUCGCUCAUCCGACCUGCAGAAUCAUCAGCGAGUUCACACUGGAGAGAAGCCAUUCCCCUGCUCAGAAUGUGGGAAGAGGUUCAGUCACUCACGCUCCCUGCAGAGACACCAGUCAGUUCACACUGGGGAGAAGCCGUUCACCUGCUCACAAUGUGGGAAGGGAUUCACUCAGUCAUCCCACCUGCACAGUCACAAACGAGUUCACACUGGGGAGAAGCCAUUCACCUGCUCAGUCUGUGGGAAGGGAUUCACUCAGUCAUCCACACUACAGAGUCAUCAGCGAGUUCACACUGGAGAGAGGCCAUUCACCUGCUCAGAGUGUGGGAAGGGAUUCACUCGGUCAUCCCAACUACUGGCACACCAGCAAGUUCACACUGGGGAGUGGCCUUUCACCUGCUCAGAAUGUGGGAAAGGAUUCACUAAGUCAUCCAGCUUACUGGUACAUCAGCGAGUUCACACAGGGGAGAAGCCAUUCAGCUGCUCAGUCUGUGGAAAGAGAUUCAUUCAGUCAUCUUACCUGCAGAGUCAUCAGCGAGUUCACACAGGGGAGAAGCCGUUCAGCUGCUCAGUGUGUGGGAAGAGAUUCACUCAGUCAUCCCACCUACAGAGUCACCAGCGAGUUCACACCGGGGAGAGGCCGUUCACCUGCUCAGACUGUGGUAAGAGAUUCACUCAGUCUUCCACCCUACAGAGUCAUCAACGAGUUCACACUGGGGAGAGGCCGUUCACUUGCUCAGAAUGUGGGAAGAGAGUCACUGAUUCAUCUGCCCUACAGAGACAUCAGCGAGUUCACACUGGGGAGAAGCCGUUCACCUGCUCAGAAUGUGGGAAGAGAUUCACUGAUUCAUCCACCCUACAGAAGCAUCAGCGAGUUCAUACUGGGGAGAAGCCAUUCACCUGCUCAGAAUGUGGGAAGAGAUUCACUCAAUUAUCCAAUCUACAGAGACAUCAUCGAGUUCACACUGGGGAGAAGCCGUUCACCUGCUCAGUCUGUGGGAAGAGAUUCACUGAUCCAUCCACACUACUGAGUCAUCAGCGAGUUCACACUGGGGAGAAGCCAUUCACCUGCUCAGAAUGUGGGAAGGGAUUCACUCGGUCAUCCUACCUACAGAGUCAUCAACAAGUUCACACUGGAGAGAAGCCGUUCACCUGCACAGAAUGUGGGAAGAAAUUCACUUGGUCAUCCACACUACAGAGUCACCAGCGAUUUCACACCGGGGAGAAAUCGUUCAUCUGCUCAGACUGUGGGAAGGGAUUCACUGACUCUUCCACCCUACAGAGACAUCAGCGAGUUCACACUGGGGAGAAGCCAUUCACCUGCUCAGAAUGUGGGAAGGGAUUCACUCAGUCAUCCCACCUACUGGAACACAAGUUAGUUCACACUGGGGAGAAGCCGUUCACCUGCGCAGAAUGUGGAAAGAGAUUCGCUCACUCAUCCAACCUACAUAGUCAUCAGCGAGUUCACACUGGGGAGAAGCCGUUCACCUGCUCAGAAUGUGGGAAGAGAUUCACACACUCUUCCACCCUUCAGAGACAUCAGCGAGUUCACACUGGGGAGAAGCCGUUCACUUGCUCAGAAUGUGGGAAGGCAUUCACUCAGUCAUCCCACCUACUGGAACACAAGUCAGUUCAUAGUGGGGAGUGGCCAUUGUUAUGAAUCCCUAGGUUUCGUUUGAUAUGGACUCAUUUUAAGAGAAAUUAAGAAGGUGAAUCAGUCUGACUUGCAGCUUGUUUACAUCGCUCGCAGCUUGUUUAGUUUUAACCGAGGACACAGACACUCAGAGUCAGAUGGAGAUGGAUGAAAAAUGGAAGGAUUGAAACCAGGGAACUAGUGGCUAAAGGUCACUGUUUAGAACUUUCCUGUGCCCACAAGGGUGGGUUAAUUAUCCAUUCACUGUACAUUGAAUGUGUGGUUGUCCCCUUGUUUGAUCCAUAGACGUGUAUCUGAUUUGAGGUAUCCUGUGAAGUCCACUUAUGUGUUAACCCUUGCCUGGGUGUGACGUGGUCAUUCAUUUGAAGAUGAUACCCCUCAUGACAAGUCACUUUUGGUGAUAAUUUGUAUGUAGAUUUGUAAAGAUGACUGAUAAAAUCUACAGCAACUGGUCUCUCAUUUUACCACUGUGGAACCUGUAGAACAGACAGACAGACAGACGUACUUUAUUGAUCCUGAGGGAAAUUGAGUUUCAUUUCAGCCACACCAACCAAGAAUAGUGUAGAAAUAUAUAGCAAUAUAAUACCAUCAAUAAUUAAAUAAUAAUAAGUUAAUCUUUGCAAGUGGAAAUAAUUCCAGGACCAGCCUAUUGGCUCAGGAUGUCUGGCACUAUGAGGGAAGAUUAGAAAAGUUUGAUGGCCACAGGCAGGAAUGACUUCCUGUGACGCUCAGUGUUACAUCUCGGUGGAAUGAGUCUCCGGCUGAAUGUACUCCUGUGCCUAACCAGUAUACUAUGGAGCGGAUUGGAGUCAUUGUCCAAGAUGGCAUGCAACUUGGACAUCAUUCUCUUUUACGACACCACCGUCAGAGAGUGCAGUUCAACCCCCGCAACAUCACUGGCAUUACGAAUGAGUUUGUUGAUUCUGUUGGUGUCUGCUACCCUCAACCUUCUUCCCCAGCACACAACAGCAAACAUGAUAACACUGGUCACCACAGCCUCGUAGAACAUACUCACCAUCGUCUGGUAGAUGUCAAAGGACCUCAGUCACCUCAGGAAAUAGAGUCGGCUCUGACCCUUCUUGUAAACAGCCUGUGUGUUCUUUGAGCAGUCCUGUUUAUUGUCAAUUCGUAUCCCCAGGUAUUUGUAAUCUUCCACCAUGUCCACACUGACCCCUUGGGUGGAAACAGGGGUCACCAGUGCCUUAACCCUCCUCAGGUCCACCACCAGCUCCUUAGUCUUUUUCACAGUAAGCUGCAGAUGAUUCUGCUCGUACCAUGUGACAAAGAUUUCCACCAUAGCUCUGUACUCAGCCUCAUCUCCAUUGCUGUUCGACAUAACUGCCUUCUCUCGACAUUUACCCUGAAUUACAAAUAUCUCUCUCAUCACCUAUUUUGUGGAUGAACUGAACAUUCAUACUUUACCAUCUGAAGACUCCAAGCCUUGUUUCCCCCGAGCUCAAUAGUUUGGGAGUUAUAUUUACACACAUAUAUACACAUAACACUGUUAAUUUUCAUUUAAUUUGCUGAAGUUACUAUAGUAUAAAUGGAUACUAAUAAGCAUUGUUGUUUUCACAUCAAAAACAGACUCCAGUAGUAGUCUGUUGCUGGUGGUUCGUUUCUGAAGCGUUAAGGUUCGUAACAAAAUGGGGCCUGCUUCUGGGAUAUGAUCAAAUUUGAGGAUUGAUUAAUUAUCAAUUUCAUUGGGGAAAUCUCUUUUGAUUUAUUUCUGUUUGGAAAAUUUGCAGCAAUGGAUGUUGAUCGAUGUCAGGAAGCGCCAACCUCUGUGGCAUUAGAGGACGCCAGAAGGGUUGAGUUGUUGAGUAUUGCUGAAAGGUUAAAACUUGCUAAGGUGAAAUUGACAAUGAGGAGAUGCAGAGGAUAACAGCUUAACAUUAUGUAUCUGAGGGGGUGUUUAAAGUGGAGGAGUUGGAGGGGUUUCCUGAAAGUAAACCUCGUGAGCUUGAGCUCCAGUACAAGUGAGAAAAAUUAAAGAUGGAGGCUGCGGAAAGGCAGAGGCAGUUUGAGGCUAGAGAGGCAGAAAAACAGACAGAAAAUUGUCUCAUAAAGUGUAAUAAAGGGAAAGGCUUAGCAUGCCUAUACUGCUUUGCCAGUUGAUGAAGCAGCUGAUUUUUUAUACUGCACCAAUCAUCGCCACUGGGCUAUAAACGUGCAAGAGCAGUGUGUGGUUCAGUGCUUUGCUCAAAAACACUCACACUGCCUCGGCUGAGGCUCGAAAACAUGACCUUCAGAUCACUAGUUCAACACCCUAACCAGCUGGCCACGCACCACACAUUAUGACCUAGUGAAGCAGGCUGUGCUCAAAACUUAUGAGUUGGUCCCAGAAGCAUAAAGGCAAAAGUUUAGAAAUUUGAAGAAACCUGUGAAACAGACUUAUAUGGAAUUUGCUUAUGAGUAAUUUGUGUGUAUUGCCCGCUGGUGCACAUAUAAAAAAUAUAAAUAAUGAUUUUAACAGCUUGAACGAGUUGGUUUUAACUGAAGAAUCCAAAAAGUGUGUCCCUGAUGACAUAAAGAUGUAUUUAGAUGGAAAUGAUGCUGCCACUAUGCAGGAGUCUGCUAGAUUAGCAGAUCAGUUUGCUUUAACUCAUAAGGUUAUGGUUACCCUGAAUAAGAGUUUCGAAAAGAGUAGCAGGGAUAACCAGGGUAAACCAGAAAUUAAUGCUGGGAUUUGUCACAGUUGUCAAGUUUUGGCUAAACCUCAUCAGGUCACCCCAGUGGCCCCACUCCGACCUAUACCUGCAUUCUGUGAACCCUUUUCUAAAGAUAUAGAGAAUUAUGUUGGCCCAUUGCCAAAGCCUAAAGCUGGCCAUCAGUAUCUGCUAACUAUUAUGUGUACUGCGUCCAGAUUCCCAGAGGCAAUGCCUCUCAGAAAUAUUAAAGCUAAAACUGUGGCGAAGGCUCUUACUGAGUUUUUUUUUACUUUAUUCGAUUUGUCUCAAGAAAUCCAGUCUGAUCAAGGAAGUAAUUUUACAUCUGGGUUAUUCCAGCAGGUAGUUUCUGAACUGGGAGCAAAACAAAUUACAUCGUCUACAUACCAUCCAGAAUCACAAGGGGCUUUAGAAAGAUUUCACUAUACCCCCAAAACAAUGAUUAAGACAUACUGUGUUGAAAAUGGAAACAACUAGGAUGAAGGAAUACAUUUGCUUUUGUUCGCAGUAAGAGAGUCGGUUCAGGAAUCAUUGGGCUUUACUCCAUUUGAACUCGUAUUUGGACGCAGAGUGAGGUGACCUUUGACCUUGUAAAAGGAGCGGUGGAUUGGUAGGGAUUUACAUGUUAACUUGUUAGACUAUGUUUUAAAUUUCAAAAAUAAACUACACCAAUUCUGUGGUCUAGCGAGACAAAACUUAAAGAUUUCUCAAAACAAAAUGAAGUGUUGGUUUGAUAAGCAGGGUUGUGAAAGAAAAUACCAGGUGUGAGAUAAGGUGCUUGCCUUAUGUUGACGAAUCCACUUCAGGUGAAAUUCAAUAGACCGUAUGAAAUAGUCUCUCAAUUUAAUGAUGUGAAUUAUGUUAUUACAACACACAACCUACGUAAACUAACACACCUGGCACACAUAAAUAUGAUAAAGCCUUGUUUUGACAAUCAGGCACCAUCUGUGUGUGUUGUUGUCAAAACAUAUGAAUCUGGCAACCCUGAGCUUGAAACAAUUGACUCGUCUGAGACUUUUUACAAGCCAAACGUGGUCCCAGUUCGGCUAAUGAACUCCGUUGUUCCAGAAAACAUUGAUAACAAGUCGGCUCAUCUGCAGCCAAAGCAACAACAACAGCUGAAGGAAUUAAUUCUGAAGUUUAAAGAUUUCUUUCCCGAUGUUCGCAAGCAAACCACGGUCUCAUUACAUGAUGCAGAUAUUGGUCAAGCCAAACCGAUUAAACAACACCCAUAUCGCAUGAACGUAGAGAAUGUAAAUUGGCUGAGCAAUUGUUGUAAGCGUGGAAACAGAUUCAGUAGGUCUCAGGGGCACAGAUUAUGGGAAGGUAAAUGAAGUAACAAAAACAGAUGCCUAUCCUGUCGCUAGGAUAGAUGAUUGCAUCGAUAAAGUUGGAAUAGCUAAUUUCUUACAAAGAUUGAUCUGUUGACAGGGUAUUGGUGUGUUCUAUUGACGGACAGACAUAGAGAAAUUUCUGCCUUUGCGACACCAUCUCGGUUGUAUGAAUACAAUGUUUUGCCUUUUGGAAAGAAAAAUGCUCCAGGAACAUCCCAGAGAAUGAUUAAUUUUGAAAUUCGAGGGUUAGAACACACAGAUGCCUAUAUUGAUGACUUAGUCACAGGGAGUGACACUUGGGAAGAGCAUAUCUCUGAUUGGUAAGAAGGCUCUGAGAAGGUUUCUGGGAAUGGAUGGAUAUUAUCGUAAGUUCUGUAAGAACUUUCCUGCUCUCGCUCUUCCUCUGACUAAUCUCCUGAAGAUGGGUGAAAAGUUUGUUUGGACUGAACCUUGUCAGGAGGCAUUUGAUCGAUUGAAAGAUAUUAUUUGAGAUUAGGCCAAUCAAUGUAGUAUUCUCAGCAAAUUUAAUUAGCAGAUUGGAGCUGUGGGUGGCAACACAAGUCAUGGGUGCACAGAGAGUAAAGGAGAGGGCCAAAGUGACAACCCUGUGGGGUAUGUGUGCUGAGGGUCAGAGAGACAGAGGAGAUGGAGCCCACUCUUACCACCUGCUGGUGAUCUGACAGGAAGUCCAGGAUCCAGCUACACAAGGCAGGGUGAAGGCCGAGGUCUCUGAGCUCCUUGUCGAUACUUCAUGCCUUUGUAUGGCUUCUGCUCUGCCCAUGACUGCAAGAAACUGCAGAGAACUUUGGAGAGCAGAGAACAUCAGAGAAACAAGCCUCCACUCCAUGGACUCUCCCUACACUUCCCCUCCCUCGGAAAAGCAGGCCAUGUACACAAAGAACCUCAUAACCCGGACAUUCUUGCUGCAAACCCGCUCCCACAUUGGCGGAGAGAUACAAAAGCCUUAAAGUGCGUAACACCAGGCUGAAGAACGGCUUCCUGUCUGCAGUUAUAAGCCAAAUGAAUGAUAAAAUGGACUCGGCCUCACAAUGUAACUCGACGUGACCCUGCACCAUAUGUCUAUCUGCACCGCACUUUCUCUGCAGCCAUAAUACUUUGUUACAGUUAUUUUUUUGUUGUCUAUGAGUUCAAUGUACUGUUGUAAUGUAUCGAUCUGUGUGGAUGUUACAUCAGGCAAGGUUUUCACUGUAGCUCAGUACGUGAUGAUAAUAAACAAAUACACCACUUUAAUUGUGUGGAAAUAUUAGACAGACUGAGCUUCUGCUCCGGAACCACAGAAGGAAACUGACCAGUUGUCAUUUCUGUGGAAAGCAAAUAUAUGGAAAAUGCUUCAAUCUCACAUUACGAUCUGCGGUAACUGGGAUCAGGUGACUGGCGGUGGGUCUCCCAUAUCAAUAUCAGAAUCAAGUUUAAUAGCACCAGCAUAUGCCAUGAAAUUCGUUGUCUCUGCGGUAGCAGUAGAACCUAAUUAACAAAGGAUCUUAACAAUUGUGACUUAAAUUAGACCUGUGGUGAGAGAUUUAUUGGAAGAAAAACACCAACUGGAGGCAAACCACGACUGAAGACGAGGGAACAGCAACAAGUGUACCAGCCCGAGGACUGAGAGCACCGACUGGAGAGAAACCAAUCUGACUCGGAGAUUCCAGUGAUUCAGUCAGGAGAAUGUUUGGUUAAAAUCGACCAGGAAUUUGUCUAUGGGAAUUCAAACUCAACACACCAGUUGUGCUGUCUCUGUCUAGAUAUUUAAGGAGCAAGAGAUUCAAUCAGCCAUCCUUCCUGCUCAGACUUUGCGGAGGGAUUCACUCGGUCAUCUGAUCAAUUGACACGUCCAUCAUUUUACACGGGAGAGACCAUUCACCUGCUCAGACUGUGGGAAUGGAUUCACUCGGUAAUCUCAACUGAAGCUACACACUGGGGAAGUCCAUUCAUCUAUUCUGUGAGUGGGAAGGGGUUCAGUCGGUCUUCCCACCUGUGGACACACCAGUCAGUUCACACGGGGCAGAGGCUGGUCAUCUGCUGAAUUUGUGGGGAAGGAUUCACUCGGUCAUC